UCUCACUCUUUAACCGCACGUGGAUAUAUGCAUAUUUAUGUGGACCAUGUAUUUCUAAGUUCUCAGUAUUCUAACCAUAUUAAAGUUGUAACAAAAAGUUUUAGCAGUGCUAUAGUCUUGAAUACUUUCGAGGAGAGCCGACAGCACGGUGGCAAUAGUUAUCGAAACGUAGAAACGUAGAAAAGAAAGUAAUAGGAAGUAAAUCAUUGUUUACCGAACAUUUUAGAAUUAUGAUCAGUACAUGUGACAUGUGGCCAAGCGCAAAAAGUGACAUAAAAUCAACAGAGUUUAAUACUGCAGCCUGGAGUUCUAUGGGAGUUCCUUCUGUUAUUAUAAAAGCUUUGGCAGAUCAGAAUUUUUAUACCCCUACUAUCAUACAAGCUAAAACACUACCAGCUGCCUUAUUGGGCUAUCGAGAUAUACUAGGUGCAGCUGAAACAGGCAGUGGCAAGACUUUGGCUUUUGGCAUUCCGAUAAUAAAAGGUAUCUUGGAAUUAAAGAGCCAAAAGGCAAAAACAAUAGCAGAUGAAAAGUCUACAGAAACUAGUGAAAAUGAAGAACGGACUUGUCAUGAAGUAGAAACUGAAGAUAAUACAGAUAAUUCCACAAACUCUGAUUCAGAGGAUGAGAACUUAUCAGAAUAUGAAAAUUGUAUUAAUGUUAUAGAAUUAGAUAAUUGCCAGAAUAUUCCGAGCAAACCUUUGUAUGCAUUAAUUCUAGCACCCACACGUGAGUUGGUAGUUCAAAUAAAACAGCAUCUUACUCAGGCAGUAAAAUAUACAGACAUUAAGAUAGCUGCUGUAUUUGGUGGUCUGGCAGCAGUGAAGCAAGAGAGGCUACUUAAUCAGGGCCCUGAAAUUGUUAUUGCCACACCUGGUAGAUUAUGGGAAUUAAUUCAACAAGGCAAUCCUCAUUUGAGCCAAGUGGAUUCUAUUCGGUUUCUGGCCAUUGAUGAGACGGACAGAAUGUUAGAAAAAGGUCACUUCCAAGAACUGCAUGAUAUCUUACAAAAGAUAAAUGUGGAUCCAAUAAAACUUAAGAAACGACAAACAUUCGUUUUCUCUGCUACAUUGACUAUGGUGCAUGAUCUGCCAGAUUACCUUGAGAAAAAGAAGAAGCGGCACUUCAAAAGUAAAAUAUGCAAACUCACACCUGGUCAGAAACUGCAGAAAAUUAUACAUUUGCUACAAAUAAAAAACCCUAAGGUCGUCGACCUCACAAAAGAGUCAGGUACGGCCGAUAGUUUGACAGAAUGUCGAAUGACGUGCACAAUCGACCACAAAGAUUACUAUCUGUAUUACUUUUUGAAAAGGCAUAAUGGAAGAACAUUGGUAUUUUGCAACAGCAUUGGUUGUGUGAAAAGAUUAGCCACUCUCUUUGGUAUACUUGAAUGCAGACCCUUACCUCUGCACGCCAAUAUGCAACAACGACAACGCUUAAAGAAUCUUGAAAGGUUUCAAGCUGAUGAAAAUGGCCUGUUGAUAGCCACGGACGUGGCCGCGAGAGGCUUAGAUAUACCCAACAUUGAACAUGUAAUACAUUACCAAGUCCCUAGAACAUCAGAAAGUUACGUGCAUAGGAGCGGUAGAACAGCAAGAGCUCAGAAAGAAGGCAUAACUGUACUGAUGAUGGAACCUUCAGAGAAGGAAAAUUACAGCAAGUUGUGCAAAACUCUAGGACGCACGGAAGAUUUGCCCACAUUUCCUGUAGUAGACAGGCUGCUGAUCGCUAUAAAAGAAAGGGUCAACAUUGCUCGGGAGAUCGAUAAGUUGGAAUUAAAAUGUCGUCGGGAAAAUAACCAAAAAAGUUGGAUGCGGAAAGCAAUGGAGGACAUGGAUAUGAUCGUAGACGAUGACAUCGACAUCGACGAGUCAUCAAUCGAAUUGGAAGAAGCUGCUGCACUGAAACGACAAUUAAAAGCGAAGAGACGUCAACUGCAAUCUCUAUUGACGAAAGUGGUGUUUCCGAAAGGAUUUUCUGGAAAAUACUACGAUGAUAAUUUAAGUACAAAUAUAUACCCUGAUACAGAAAAGGCCGUUGAAGUGAUGAAAAAAAUUAUUGAUGUUCCUGAUAAAAAAUAUAAUGAAAGACCUCUAAAGGCCGUGGCUGUCAACGAAAGGCCUCGAAAGAGGCAACGUUCACAAAAUCCAAAAAAAUCGAAAAAAUUUAAAAAAAUAUAA